GAGACGCUCUUUAUUAUUAGGAGAAAAAGCGGAGGGGGGAGACGGAGACAACGUGUGCCCAGAGACGGCACAGACCGUGGCGGGGGGGACCGGAGACAGGAGGACACCGACACCGACAGUCGGCUGCGUCGCUCGGAUGGUGUUGUUGCUCCGGACGCGGAGACGAUGCGGCCCCACUGCUGGGUGAUGGUAGCGCUGGCGGGGAUCAUGUCGUACUUCAGCCCGGAGAGAGCCCUCGGAGCCCCGCAGAGGGAAGUUUCUCAGUCCAGGGUUGCAUCCCUCUCUCCUCCACCCUACGUCGUCAUUCUCAUCUCUUGCUCGGGGCUUGUCUCUUUUGUUCUGCUGCUCCUCACCUGUUUGUGCUGUAAGAGAGGAGGAGUGGGAUUCAAUGUAAGUCUUCAACAUGAGUUUGACAAUGCUGAAGGAGAGGAGUGCUCUGGGGGCUCCAGUCCCAUCCAGGAGGACAGCCUUUCCUCGUGCCCCUCCCUCCCUGAGGUGUACACCUUGCCGGUUAGAGACAGGCCCAACUGCCCCGCCCUGCAGGAUGGAGCAGACUCCAAGUCUCAGUGCUUCAAAAGGCACACUUUAAACUACCUUCAAGAAAUUGGAAAUGGCUGGUUCGGAAAGGUGAUCCUGGCUGAAGUUCUGUGUGACUGCAGCUCCUCUCAGGCUGUGGUGAAGGAGCUGCGAGUCAGUGCCAGCCCUCUGGAGCAGAGGAAGUUCCUGGCAGAGUCUGAGCCAUACAGGAGCCUUAAGCAUCCCAACAUCCUCCAGUGUUUGGGGCAGUGCAGUGAAAGUAUCCCCUUCCUUCUGGUUAUGGAGUUCUGUCAGCUGGGUGACCUGAAGAGGUAUCUGCGAGCUCAACGCAAGUCAGAUGGGAUGACUCCUGACCUUCCCACCCGGGACCUCUUGACUCUUCAGCGAAUGGCUUUUGAGAUUACCUCGGGCCUCCUCCAUCUCCAUGAGAACAACUACAUCCAUAGUGAUCUGGCUUUAAGAAACUGCCUACUGACUUCAGAUCUCACCGUUAGAAUAGGCGACUAUGGACUUUCUCAUAACCAUUACAAGGAGGAUUAUUACUUAACUCCAGACAAGCUAUGGAUCCCACUACGCUGGAUUGCUCCAGAGCUUUUGGAGGAGUACAGAGGAUCUCUCAUUGUUACUGACCAAACUAAGACCAGCAAUGUGUGGUCCUUGGGGGUAGUUAUUUGGGAACUGUUUGAGUUUGGCUCUCAGCCACACAGACACCUGAGUGAUGAAGAGGUGCUGACCUUCGUCAUUAGGGAGAGGCAGAUCACGCUGGCCCAGCCAAGACUCAAACUCUCACAUUCAGACUACUGGUAUGAGAUCAUGCAGUCCUGCUGGCUACCUACAUCUCAGCGCCCUUCUGUAGCUGAAAUAUUCCUCCUCCUCUCCUCCCUUUUGGCUGCCGAGCGAGGAAUGGCCAGGGGGAGUGUCGGUGAGGAAGAUGAAGAGGAUGAGGAGUAUGAGGAGGGCAGGGGAAGGAGAGGGGAGAGUGAGGAGUCAUUUGAAAGACGUUGGGACUUACUCCGUCCACCUGCCUUCCAGGCUGCAGCAAAUGAGCGGCAAAGGGAGAGAGAGUACAGCCGGGAUGACAGAGACAACUCCUACCCCCUGCUGGAUCCCGUAGGGAACUGUAUCACUCCGUCAACGUCUGAGAUGGACGACAUCCUGACUGUCACAGAAACUAGCAAAGGUUUGAACUUUGAGUAUUUCUGGGAGAAAGCCCAUGCCAGACGGGGCUACAAACCUCUCCCCCCUCCUCAGCCAAUCCCGACUGUGAACAAUAACCACAGACAGUCUUUGGACACGCCCACUGUGGUCCCGGUGAUAAGUGCACGCAGCCCCUCCCUUGCUAGUGAGUACUACAUCAGAUUGGAGGAGCACACCCCCCAGGACAAGUCACCAACUCUGAAAGGGAAAGUGCAGUCCUCUUUCCGUUCCGACUCAGUUUGCCCCGGAGACAUGGAGCUGGUGGAGAUUCGCAGUGGAAUGCUGGGAAAAGAGCGAGUUCCCUAUUGCUCUGACAUAUGUGGUGGUGGAAAAGGGAUCCAGACUGUGCGAUCGAGUGAGGUUCAGCUCCAGGUGCCCAAUACUGGUGUGGCUGAAUUUAGAGACACUCUGAGCAGAGUGACAGACUUCUCAGUGGUAGAUCUAGGAGAUGAUGAGGAAGAGGAAAAGAAAAAGAGUAGUGAUGCAGAUAAAAAGUCAUCUUCUCAAGCACCAGUCCUCCCUCCAAAGCCUCGGUCCAUGUCCAUGUCAUCAGCCAACCACCUCCACUUGCGCCCCCUCCCUGCCCCACCUCUUGGGUACAGAGGGCUGCCUCACUACACAAUCAGUGGAAAAAUUGAGACAGAUCCCCACCAUAUGAGCAGCUGCCCACCCUCUACUUUCGAUCACCUGGGGCUACAUCGGCCCAGACAGACUUUACCUCCAUCCCCAUCCCUAUCUCCCUCCCUGCCCCCAUCAAGCCACCCCAUUUAUCCUGCACCUCAAAUGUGUCCUCCACCACUCCCUCCUCAUUCCAAACCACUAAGAAACUACAACACAGUGGACUCUUACUCAAGAUACAGUAAGGCACAGAUGCAGAGAUCCAACAGAGACCCACUAUCCUGUGAUUUGUCAGAAAGAGAGGGCAACAUUAGACACGUAACAUCACUGCACAACUCAAAGGAGACUUCUUAUUCACGUGCAAAAGACUUCGACUCUCCUGUUCGAAGAGAAAACCCACUUCGCCCCAUUUAUCGCAAUUUACCCCGUCCACAGCCAGCAAACCCCCAGGUCGAAAGGCAGUCGUCAUCCAGUCCUACCUACUCAGACGAAGAUGACUCUCCCUUCAUGUCCCCUGAGAAACCUGGCAGUGGGACUACUGUCACUCAUUCCAGUCUCUCUGAAGACGCAGACCCGGCUGCAGAGCUCUUUUCCAGGGGAAUGAAGAGGACUCAGUCACGGCUUGACACGAUCCUGCCUGCCAUUUGGAAAGAAGAUGCCGAACUCCAGGCUGAACGUGUGGCCGCUGCCAAGAAAUCCCCCAUGCAUUUGUUUUUGACAGAAAUAUCUAGUGUGACAGAGAUGAGUGAGUCCAAGUCAGAAGCGUCAUGGGAGGGUGACAGGGAUGAAAAAAGAGAUGGAGAGCGAUGGGGGAACUUUAUUUUGCCCAACAGAGGGAUGCGGCGUUCGCAGUCACUGAUCACAGAGCUGGGGUCAGCAGGACAGUCAUGGGGGCCAGAGAAGCACAGCAACAAGACAGGGGCAGAAGAGCAACACACGGUCACUAAAGAGUCUUGCCAGAGAGACCUUUUUCUCACAGAGAUUGACACAGGAAGCAUAGCUGUGGAUGUAGAUUUGGAAGUAGGAACAGAAAAUGACCCUGUAAAAUACCUCUAUCCUGCAGGGUCCAGAUUGCAGCCCUACGUCUGCACUCCUGGCUUUCCCUCAUACUCUGAGGCUGAGGAGGCCUACUCAAAGGGCAUACGAAGAUCUCGCUCCCUUCUCUCUGAGAUCACAAUCGGAAAGCAGGAGCCUGACCUCUUACAGAGUGAUAAGGAGCCACGGAGAACAGAAAUGACCAGGGAGGAGUUCCUCAAAGAGAUCCAGUCAGCAGAGACCUUUCUGACUGAAAUCAUAUCCAGACAAAAUGCUGCAGCAAACAGGAAGGAAGCAGAGCCGUCCUACUCUCCCACUCCACUGUCCCCAGAAUACGAGUCCAUAUGCAUAGACCCAAACUCUGCUCAGACCAUCAGGUUUCAGUCAGAGAGCUCUAUGCGAGCAUCCAACCAAGGCAAAGAUGACAACCAGACUGAGGCCAUCUAUGCUCAAGUGACCAAGCGUGCUAAAAAGAGUGAGAUAAAGGUUUCCAUGAGACCUGAGAUCCCAGUCCUUCAUAUCGGUUCAAAUAAACCACUUAAACUGGAUAACCAUGGAAGUAAUGCUGACCACUGCCAAUCUGAAGAGUUUGUGUUUUCAGAAAUCAUGCCCAAAAAUGGUCUUCUGCACAACCAGACACUUUCAUGUAAGAAAGAAGAGGAUGAUGGUUUGGAUGGCCCUGCUUUACCUGCCAGAGGAGAGGAAAGAGACAGAGAACUCUCAGAGGAAACAAACACUGUGAUAUUGCGUUUGAAUGAACUGCUUGUUACAAGUGAUAGUCAAAGGGCUGCUGUUUUAGGGAAUGGAGAGUUAAUGAAAGCUGACCCACAAGCAGCGAGCGGUCCGGAGAGAGGAGAUGAAACAUGUAUAAGGACUGAUAACUUUUCACAUGGGACUGCGAUUGAAAAACACCACACUGAUAACACUGACUCUGAAAGUAAUGUGAUUUCUCAACAAAGCAAUGAAAGUUUAACAGAAACCAAAAGAGAAAAUUCACAGAUACACAAUGAGAAUAAUCAAGAAAAAGGCAGUCAUGUUGUCCAAAAGGAGGUAACUCCUGCUGCCACUCCGACCACUCCAGACUGGGAUCGAUCCUCUGAUGUCUCACUCAUGACCCCCACUGAUUCGGUCCUGUCACCUAUGACUUCCAGCUCAGCCGACUGCCUCACACCUAGUGACUCAUGGACAGGAGGAGGAGUGGGAAGCAGUGGAUGGAGGGCUCUGGGAAAUGAGACACCACAUCGAGACUCUGCAUAUUUCUCAGACAGCGACUGGGAGGGGGAUGGGAGCAGGAGGAGCAGCGAUGGACUCAUGUCCAGGCCGUGCAAUGGUCGAGGAGGGGGGGAUCGAGGAACACUGAUGGGGAUAGAGGAAAAAACUGAAGAAGAGAGUGAGAUGGGAGAAAAGAGUCCUUUGAGGAAUAGUGUACAGAUGUCAGAAAGCACAGAAAGGAAGACUAUUGAAAUAUGUGUGGUUACAAGUAUUUAUCAAAAUGAAAAUGAUGUCUCUCAUUUAGGGGACAACAAAGAGACACUAAAUAAAGGGCUGGAAUCUACACAGAGAGAUGAUUCUGGCAUUUUCCACAAUGAGAGCAAAAAGUCAGCACUUCUGAGUGAUGAUCCCCAGGCCAAGGACUGUGUUGACUUAAUUGAUAAGUUGUUUUCAAAAUUAGAUGAUGAGCCGUUGAAAGGGCUCCAGGACGGUGGUGGAUAUCCGAUAGACAACCACUACACAGAUGGUAUCAUAUCUCAGAUAACAGAUUGCAAAUACAAGGAUUCUGCAGAAAAUGACUUCAAUCUACAUUCCAGGAGCCAAGCUGAGACAAAUAUUUUGAUUGAGGCUGUAUCUGGCAGUCAAUCCAAGGAUUGCAUUUUAAGAGCCAGCAACAAAGAAUACAUAACAAAGACUGUUAACGAUGUAUCUGCACUAAAUACACUUAAAUGUGAAAAUGAUACUGUGGCUGCAUCCCAAGCUGACAACACAGAGACAGUAUUAUCUAAGCUUAGCAAUGAAACUCAGUCAGAAGUUGAGCCAAGACAUAAAAAGUGUGUAGAUGAUAAACAGAGUGAUCUGACCUGUCCUUCCUGGCCUGGGGAACCUGACAAAUGUGAAAAGAGGCUUGGUUUAGAGAUUCACCACACCGACCGCAAUGAGCUGGGCCUCAGAAACCUGCACUGUUCAGAUGGUGGAGAGAACCAGAGGGCGGAGAUCACAGCAGACUCAGAGAAACAGCUGGCUGCUGCAGAGCUUAGUAACGCCAUGAAGGAAAAAUCACCCCUCAGAGGAGCAGCGGGGUGGAUGGACUCUGUGGAUAAAGACUCCUGUGAUGGCCUAAAUGAGAAAGCUAAAGAGUUUUGGAACACCAUGGUGGAGAAUGAAGACAGACUGGGAUGUGUGGUGGUCAGGGGAGAACUUGACUGUCACCGCUUUUUACAGAGGAACUUGCACUUGUGGCCUGAUGAAAAUGACCAGUGGGCCUCACCGGAGAAGAGAAACCAUGACACUGAGCUAACUUCUGAGUUUUUCUCGGGGUUUAAUAAUAAAGCAUGGGAGGUGAGCGAGCGGCUUGUAGUGGGUCAGGAGUUCUGGGACAACGAGGAAAAUGAUGAACUCGCUGGAAGUGAGCCUCAUCCUGCUGUGUUAGAGGGCUGUGAGGACACUUGGAAUGAUGAAACACAGGGACUAGAUGGAAAAAUCUGCAUAAAGGAGAAGUGGGACUCAAAAGAUGAUGAUAACCAGCAAACUGUUCCAGUCAUAAACAUACAACAGGAAGAGAAUGUUGAAGAUCUAGGGGAAACUGAGGAUUUUAAGAAAGCUCAAAAGCAAAAAAUCUCAACUAUUGAAGUAGAGAAUAUAGAAAUACCAGAGAAAGAGAUAUUGGAGCGAGCAGAGAGAGAGAUUUCAUCACGCACUGAGACAGUCAGGGACAGUGGAGGCCGAAUAGAGUCUACGGAGACAGAGGAGAAUCAGAAUUUUAACAAAUGGCCUCAGAGUCACCUCCCUCAAGAAGAGGAGUCGACAUCAUCUGAACAGAAAGAAACAGGCUCCAAUUUAGAGAGCUACUUGAGCCACACAAGUAUAUCUAUUUCAAUUACUGAAGCACCUCAGGAGAACUUUGCAGAGCUGGAAAACAUAGAAUCAGUGUUAGAUUCCGAGAAUGAAGUGAAUCCAUGGAUGGAGAGACAAUACAUAGAAGAAAGAAUAAGCAUAAUGAACUCUGAGGAGGAGUACAAAGACAUGUCUCCUCCAUCUAAUCCCAUGCAGGAGGAGAUGGAUCAGUCAUAUCAGACUGACAAUUUCAGCUCUGUAGAUUUUCCAAGUCCUCCACCAAGCAUAGAUCUUGAUGUGCAAGAUGAUAAACUGGAAAGUUUAGAUGACUCUUUUCCUAGUCCACCACCCUCUGUCAUAGAGGCAGAGGACUUUAUUAGUCACAUUAAUCUAGAAGACUUUAUUGCUUGCACUGACACAGAGCAAUAUAUUUCCCCAAUACACAACACAGAUAUCCCAGAACCACCUCUGCAGGAGUUGACACCAACUAAAACUCAAUGUAAAGGGAUCUCGGCCAAUCUGAACCUCUCCCCUGUGCACAUAAAAGUGGACGAUGCAACCACACUUAUGUCCAGCACAGCAAAUCAGGAUGUACAAAACAACCAACUCCAGAAAACAUCAUCUGCUACACCAGCUUCACCUCAAGAUGCCCUCAACACCCUCCCAGAAUUAUUGAUUUCUGAGUGGAAAGAUUUAGAUGAGGAACCCUUGGAGGAUUUUGAAAAACUGGAGCAGUUGUGCUGCAUAUCGGGGGAUGAAGAUGACCUGUUCUUGGAGAACCUAGAUCUAUUGGAGUCCCUGAAGAAAACACCUGAUCAGAAAGACAGCGGUGCAGGUGACAGUGAUACAUCUGACAACAUGUGUGGUUCCUCUUCCACUGAAGAUAGCAGAGUGGAUUUAAAGGACGACAUGAUCUCUGAUAAGCUGACACAAUCUGCAACAAAUGAGGUCCUGGACUCCCAAGAUAAAGUGUCAUCUGAAGAGGAGAGAAAUGGCACGCAGAGAUCACAGAGUGUUUCAUCGUGUCAAGCAUCUGACGUCAAAGAUCAGGGCUCUCUUUCUAAGAUGACAACAAAAAAUGGCCUCAUGAUGCAGGUGUGUGAGGAACGGCUACAGUUCUCCCUCAGUGAAAAUGUGAAAACAAAUGUGCUUUGGGGGACAACUGUUAAAGAUACAGUCACACUGAGGCCGUGGGGAGAACAAAUGGCAGAGAGUAGUGGUGGUGAGCUGGUCACUUUGGAAGAGCAAAAAGAGGAUGACAGCCAAGAGGAUCAGGAAAGUAUCCCAAACACUCAGUCUGAUGCAGAGUCUGAGGAAACUAAAGUUGAGCCGCUCACUGUGAUUGAACAACCUGAGAAUGCAACACCUCAGCCUACAGCAAACCAGGCAAUGAAAGCCAAACUGGCCCGUUUGUCCCUGGCCCUCCCCCCUCUCGCUCUGACUCUUCCUCUCACACCGAGCGGUAAGGGCUUCGGAGACGGAGGGCUCGGAAGUCGACUUGGAAGACGGAGAGGUCUGUCACCGGGGAGUGACCCCGACGAUGAGGAGGACGACGAGCAGGAGGAUGAGAGCUCUCGCAGAGUUAUCGUUGUUACGGAAACAGAUGUUGACAAACGUGUGGGUCUGAGGAGUCUGCUGAAGUCGCCCAAGGAACCAAUGGAUCGAGAAAGAGACAGAGGAAGAAAUGUGUCCUUUUUUGAUGAUGUCACCAUCUAUUUAUUUGAUCAGGAAACUCCAACCAAUGAAUUGAGCACUUCAACACCCACGAAUCCAGGUUCUGUCUCUAUCAAAAACACCAAGUUGGAUUUACAUGGUCCAAGCAGCAAAAGCAAAGACUCAAAAAGGAAAGAGGAUUUGUCAAUCAAACCGAGGUCGCCUGUAGGGACCAAUCCAGUGACAUCAUCACGCUUCACUGUCAGCCCCGCCGACGACCCGCACUUGGUGUGAAGUUAGACGUCAUCGUGGGAUCCUUUAGAGCCAAACCCUCUGAGACUGGCCAGUGAAUUACCCCAAACGACCAGCCAUUCACUCAGAGGCUAUUUUUAUAUUGAAUAGGCAACUGAAAGAUUAAGACUCCCGUACUAAAAGCUGGACACAUUCCAGGUUUUACCAGCGACAGGAUUUUGUAUGACAGGGGAUGCUGAGCUCCUGUCUGCCACUGUUUACAGAGUUUAUUCAAAGGAAAAGGCAGCGUUUGCUAAGAGAAGAGGAGCCUGGAGCUUUGUAAAAUCUGAAACAGAUUUGACAGCUAUGCAGUGGGAGUCUUGCUGUAUACCAGCUUACCUUCUCUUUUUCUGCUUCAUUCUGUUGUUUUAUUUCCCAGGUGUAUGGGAAAUAGUCUUUAGUCAUUCAUCAGUCUAUGUAAACGCUUGUAUUCCAGUCCUCUCUUUAUUAAGAAAGUUUUUCAUUGCAGUCGUUCUUGUAGGCAGCAGUCUGGAACAGAAAUCGCUUGACUCCUGUAUUUAUAAAUACUCAUUCACAUUUGUACAAAUAUCGUAAUACAAGUGUAUACAAAAUCAUUUUAGAGCUGUUUACUUUAGCUGUAUUCUUAGACUGCACGAAAAAUGAAACAAGCUCUGUCUCUUUAUACUUUUAGUCUUAAAAACUUUCUCAUAAUUUAUUAUGCUUAAUUUAUGUAUUUAUUCAUUGUUUUACAUAUUUAUGUAAAGCCUAUUUCCAUGCAGUAUUUAUUUAUUUAUUUGUUUAUUUAUUUUAUUUAUUUGCUUUGGUGCAAUUAACAUAUAUUAACUUAACUAUAAUUUGUUUGGGACAGAAUGCAUCUAGGUUAUAUCUUCUCUAAGAUCUUCAUAACAAAUAAAUCAAAAUAUUUUCCCAAACGUCUUAAUUGCUAAAAAAAAGUAUUUUGUAUAAUUUUACUUGUUAAUAUAUGCCAAUCUGUAUGGAACUACGUCCUGUAAUGUUUCAUUAUUUUUCAAUGUCUAUGAAUUUUUAGCUGUCUUGUCAUUCUUUUACCUUGUUUUAAUGACAAUUAAUGUAGCUUAGCAUGAAAAAUUGAAGAAUUUCAUUGGUAAAUAACCCCAUUUGUUUGUGUAUCUGUUAAUUUAUCCCAUUUUCUACUAAUAACAGUCCAUCAUGCAGUCGAGGUUCAACUAGUCCAUUUGUUUAGUCUGUUUAAAUGUUGGUUUAAAACCUGUAUUGUUUAAAGAAUGGUUUUCAGGGGAAAGUGUAUAAACAAGGGGAAAUAAAAACUACAAAAUGUGAA